GUUGAUUUUGGGUUUGGAAUGGGUUAAUGUUUUAUGAUUUACAGAUGCUGUUAUCGUGGGUUGCUUCUCUGUUUAUAUGUGUGUUUUUACGGCAGUGGAACCCUCAUAUUGAGUAUCUGGUUGAUGUUCUGGAUUUGCAAUCCGGUGGGAUCUGGAACCAUAAAGCCACCGCCUACUUCUACUCGUAACGCUUGUCUGACUUGAGCUUUGAACAAACUCGACAUUCAAGAGGAUCAACCUAGCUUACGUGGAGCUUCAAACGUCCUUCCGGAGACAACAUUGGUUCCAGCAAUCUCCGUGAAUCUUAUCUGAACAAUCCAUCCACCUCGACUGCCAUCCAACCAACACAAUCAACUUACCUCCUACAUCCUCCAAAAUGGCCUCCCGCGAUGCCCUCACUUUCUCCGAAUCCGACCGUACAUUCCUAACCCCCCACCUUCCCCCUGAUCACGAAGACCCCAAACCCUCCUCCCCCCUCCCCUUCACAACCCUCACCUUCGCAACCUCCCUGGACUCCUCCCUCGCGCUCUCCCCAGGCACCCGCACCACGCUCUCUGGUCCACAGUCCAAAGCCAUGACCCACUACCUACGCUCCCGCCACGACGCCAUUCUCAUCGGCGUCGGCACCGCCAUCGCCGACAACCCGGGCCUGAACUGCCGCAUCGCCGGAGUCGGCGGAUACGGCGGCGAGGGACUGACCGGCCAACCACGGCCCAUCGUCAUCGAUCCUACCGCGCGCUGGGACUUCACAGUGGAAUCGAAGAUCUUGGCCCUUGCGCGCGCCAAGCAAGGUCUGGCGCCGUUCAUUAUCACAGGAACGCAUGCCCCUCCUCCUUUGUCUGAGAAGAAAGCGUUACUAGAGCGUCAUGGGGGGAAGUACAUCGCGCUGGAUGUUAGCGUGGUCAAUGCGCCUUCCAACGAGGACGACAACGAUGACGACGAGAUGGGAACCCGACGACCGACACAUCGCAUCGACUGGACGGCACUGUUGAGGUGUCUGCGCGAGCAGGGUCUACGGAGCGUCAUGAUCGAAGGGGGCGGGUCGAUUAUCAACUCGUUACUGGAGCCGCGGACGCAGCACCUGAUUGACUCAGUGGUGGUGACGAUUGCGCCGACGUGGUUGGGUCGUGGCGGGGUCGUGGUUUCGCCGGAAAGGAGGGUUGAUGGGCAUGGGGCGGUGAUCCCGGUAUCUAGGUUGACAGAUGUCAAGUGGUAUCCGCUCGGCGAGGAUGUAGUGCUUUGUGGGAGGAUUAAGGGGGAGUGAUUAGAGAGGUUUGGUUAUGAGUUGAGGUUGGGGUUUUUGGCAGGGUGGUUAGUUUAUGGGGUAUGUUGUUAUAGUCGUG